AUGUGCUCUGCCUUCACCUGCAGCCCUGCCACCAAGUGGUCUCCAAAGAACAAGACGGCCCGAGAGUCCACCCAGGGCAGCACCAACGAGGAGUGUUGCGAGCCUCUGUACUGUGAGGCCUACACCUGCAGCGGCGACUCCGAUGGCGAUGGCGAAAGCACGAAAUACUACAAGUUGAAGGACACGAACCACUUCAAGUACCAGGGCAGUACGGAUGAGGAGUGCUGCGUGCCUAAGCCCUGCUCCGCGUACGAGACGAAGUUCCCCACAAAGUUCAAGCGAAAAGCUGACAACGACGCCCUUGGCAGCACCGACGCCGAGUGCUACGAGCCUCUCAUGUGCAAGGACCACUGCUGCGAAGAUAAGACCAAGGUUCGACGACCUGAUGCCGCAGCUAUCCAAGGCAGCACUGACGCAGAGUGCUGCAUUGCCAAGGCAAAAGGACCUGCCAAGGCAAAGCGAAGGCAGCAAUGA